AUGACAACGGCAAUUGCAAUUGAAGAUGUUAGAAGGGAGGUGAUAUUACGAGCCUUAACUGGACACAAUAAUCUGGUGCAAUUCUAUGAUGCAUUUGAAGACCAAGAUAAUGUCUACAUUGUAAUGGAGUUAUGUGAAGGAGGCGAGCUGUUAGAUAGAAUACUUUCAAGAGGUGGGAAAUACUCAGAAGAUGACGCAAAAGCUGUCUUGAUACAAAUAUUGAAUGUUGUUGCGUUCUGUCAUCUUCAGGGUGUGGUGCACAGAGAUCUUAAGCCAGAGAAUUUUUUGUAUGUGUCAAAGGAUGAGAAUGCUGAAUUAAAAGCUAUUGACUUUGGAUUAUCAGACUUUGUCAAACCAGAUGAAAGGCUCAAUGAUAUUGUGGGUAGUGCAUACUAUGUGGCUCCUGAAGUUCUACAUAGAUCUUACAGUACAGAAGCUGAUGUGUGGAGUAUCGGCGUGAUAGCUUAUAUUCUCUUAUGUGGUAGUCGUCCAUUUUGGGCACGAACAGAGUCUGGUAUAUUUAGGGCUGUUCUGAAAGCUGAUCCAAGCUUUGAUGAACCUCCUUGGCCGUCCUUAUCUUCAGAAGCAAGAGAUUUUGUUAAGCGCCUGUUGAAUAAGGACCCAAGGAAGCGAAUAUCAGCUGCCCAGGCUCUAAGUCAUCCUUGGAUUAGGAAUUUCAACAAUGUAAAAGUUCCUCUUGAUAUUUUAAUAUUUAAGCUCAUGAAGGCCUAUAUGCGAUCAUCAUCCUUGCGCAAGGCUUCUUUAAGGGCGUUGUCAAAGACAUUGACUGCUGAUGAGCUCUAUUAUUUGAAGGAGCAAUUUGCUCUGCUGGAGCCCAGCAAAAAUGGCAGCAUAACAUUAGAAAACAUCAGCAUGGCGCUGAGGAAACACGCAACAGAUGCCAUGAAAGAGUCCCACAUUUCUGACUUUAUGGCCUCGCUAAACUCAUUACAAUAUAGAAGAAUGGGUUUUGAAGAAUUUUGUGCGGCUGCAUUAAGUGUGUAUCAGCUUGAAGCCCUUGAUCGCUGGGAACAACAUGCACGCUGUGCAUAUGAAAUUUUUGAGAAAGAUGGAAACAGAGCUAUUGUCAUUGAAGAACUUGCUUCAGAACUUGGACUUGGCCCUUCUAUCCCUGUUCAUGUUGUACUUGUCGAUUGGAUAAGGCACACUGAUGGGAAGCUAAGCUUUCUUGGGUUUGUCAAAUUGUUACAUGGUGUAUCUGGCAGAACUCUUUCAAAGGUGCAAUAGAAGAGUACAGCAAUGGCUCUCGGAUAUACAGAAAUUUCUCAGCUAUUUGUGCUGCAAAUGCAAUAAUAUGUUGACUGUAUAUUAACAUUAUCUGCUGAUAGUUCACUUGAUAUCUGGUGCUGUUGCAAGCACAUCCCUUUACAGUAUAGUUGCACAGGACAUGAUGAUUCAUACCCAUUUGUUCACGCUAGAGCUCCAAUUGUUCAAGACAUUGAGUUCAGGCAUGAAUUGUAGAGUUAAGAGAAAUGGGUGGUAACAAUUUCAUGUAACUUUAUCAAGAAAUGCUCCUGUAUAUACGAUCUUUGUAAUAAUUCUAGUGUCAACUCGUAAUGCAUAUCCUAAUUUUUUUGUUUCUAUGAAUCAAUUACUUUGCUUUGCUGCAA